UUUCUAUGAUCAUUUGUCUUCACUUCUCUCCAAACGAUAUGAUUCUGUACCUGAAUGGGCUGAAGGAGAGUGAAGAGAUGACUUAAAAAAGAAUAGGGUAAUUAAUAUUGACAAAACUGGUCUCGACUCUCACUGGAAGGCAAAGACUAAUUUUUCAGCAAGGGUGCAAAUGGAAUGUUUUCUGCUUAUACUUCAGUUCUUAUUGCAGAUAUUAUUAUGUGGCUUCCUAUGCUCUAUAUCUAGUGCAAAAGAUACUAUCACGUCAUCUGACUUUCUAACAGAUGGGAAAACCAUCACUUCAUCUGAUGGAAGCUUUGAAAUGGGAUUUUUUUCCCCUGGUAGUUUCACGAAUAAUUUUUAUGUUGGAAUAUGGUAUAAGCAUGAUUUACCUGACAACUCUGUGGUAUGGGUUGCCAAUAGAGCAACUCCACUCAACAAUACAACAGGUGUUACGUUGAAAUUCAUCGAUCCAGGGCGACUUGCUCUUCUCGCUGCUUCAAAUACAAUCAUGUGGUGUACUAAUACGUCAAGGCCUUUGGCCACGAAGAAUCCAAUUGCGCAGUUGUUGAAUUCGGGGAAUCUUAUCGUAAGAGAUGCAAAUGAUAGUGAACCUGAGAACUUCAUGUGGCAGAGUUUUGAUUAUCCUACAGAUACACUCUUACCGGGCAUGAAGCUUGGUAAGAACUUUGUGACCGGUCAAGAAUUUUACCUCUCCUCAUGGAAGAAUGAAUGUGAUCCAGCUCCAGGAGAAUAUACAUUUCAUUGUGAUCCUACUGGAUAUCCACAAGAUGUCAUGAGGAAAGGUAAAGUUAAGGUGUUCAGUGGCGGACCAUGGAAUGGUCUUCGCUGGAGUGGUGUACCAGGACUAACAAAAAAUCCCAUUUAUACAUUUAGGUUGGAUUUUGAUGAAAAGAAAGCAUUUUACAGCUUCAUGCUACAGGAUAGUUAUGUUAUAUCCAAAUUAACCUUGAGUAAUCAUGGUAUGCUUAAGCGUUGGACAUGGGAUGAGAAGAGACACGAAUGGGAUAUUUAUUUGGCAUCACCUGCAGAUACCUGUGACAACUAUGGAACAUGUGGUGCAUAUGGUAGUUGCAACAUCAUACUUUCUCCUGUAUGUAGUUGCUUAGACAAGUUUGUGCCUAAACAUCCAAGAAAUUGGGCAGAGACAAACUGGUCUGGCGGGUGUGUUAGAAGGACACCCCUUAAUUGCCAGAAUGGCGACGGAUUUCUCAGGUACUCUGGUAUAAAACUUCCAGAUACACAGUAUUCUUGGUUUGAUGUGAGUAUGACACUCCAAGUGUGUAAACGAGCUUGCUUAAAGAACUGCUCUUGUGUGGCAUACUCAAAUCUUGAUAUACGCAAUGGCGGAAGUGGCUGUUUGCUUUGGUAUGGUGAUUUAAUUGACAUUCGAGAAUUACCUGGAGGACAGGACAUUUACAUAAGGAUGGCUACAUCAGAGUUAGGCUCGAGGAAGAAAACAAAACUACUUGUGUUGAAUCUGUCGUUAUUUAUUGGAGUGGCUGUGGUUGGCUUGACUAUAGGUUUGUAUACUUGGACAAAGAAGAACAAGAGGAAGCUGAAUUUGAAAGAUGACCUAGACCUUCCACUGUUUGCCCUAUCAACUAUAACUAAAGCAACCUCUAAUUUCUCAGCUGAGAACAAGCUUGGAGAAGGUGGAUUUGGAUCUGUUUACAAGGGAAUCCUGGAGGGAGGACAAGAAAUAGCUAUAAAGAGGCUCUCAAAGUCUUCCUCGCAAGGAGUUAAUGAGUUCAAAAAUGAAGUUAUUUGCAUUGCCAAACUUCAGCAUCGAAAUCUUGUGAAGCUUAUAGGUUGCUGCGUUGGAGGAGAAGAAAAAAUGCUGGUCUAUGAGUACAUGACCAACAGAAGUCUAGAUUUCUUCAUAUUUGAUGAAAAGAAGAGCACGAUACUCAACUGGCCUAAGCGCUUCAACAUCAUCAAUGGAAUUGCUAGAGGACUUCUGUAUCUCCAUCAAGAUUCUCGGCUAAGAAUUAUCCACAGAGACCUUAAAGCUAGUAACAUUCUGCUAGAUACUGACAUGAAUCCCAAGAUAUCGGAUUUUGGCAUAGCUAGAAGUGUGAUAGGGAAUGAGACUAGUGCUAAUACACACCAUGUGGUUGGGACACAUGGCUACAUGUCCCCAGAGUAUGUGCUCGAUGGUGUUUUCUCAAUUAAAUCAGAUGUAUUUAGCUUUGGCGUGUUGGUGCUAGAGAUAAUCAGUGGCAGGAGGAACAGAGGAUUUUCUCGCAAUAUCAACCUUCUCGGACAUGCGUGGAGACUUCAUAAAGAAGGUAGAACAUUGGAGCUAAUUGAAGUGCAUCUAACGGAUUCGUGUUAUUUUUCUGAAUUGCUACGGUUAAUUCAUGUCGCUCUGUUAUGUGUACAACAACGUCCAGAAGACAGACCAGACAUGUCUACAGUUGUUAUGAUGUUGGCUAAUGACGCCGUUUUGCCUCAAGCUAAGGAACCUGGUUUUUUCACAGGAAGCAAAUUUACUGAUUCUGCUUAUUCUUCAACCAAAUAUACAACAAAUGAAGUUACCAUCACACAGUUAGAUCCCCGAAGGAUCAUGCAGAUACUCAAGACCUCCUUUGCUACUUGGAACAGGUAAUGCAAUUUUGGGUUUACUUAUAAUUGUUGUGUACUUUCAUUUUGUUCUAUGCUUGGAGAUGAGUAUUUUCAUGGCCGAGGGAAGUGGGAGCUGAUGAUCAAGCAAAAAGGAUGUAGUCUUUUGUUUCUCCUUUUCUCUUUCUAUGUUUUCACGUGUUUGAUGACAAGGGCUUUUUUGUUGCGAACUUCUAAUAUAGAUUUGUGAUUUCUAAUGGCAAAAUAGGCCAUUAGAAAGUUUGGUUUUGUCAUUCCGGUCCCUCUACUCCACAAAGUUUCAACCGGAUAUUUGAA